AUGCGUGCCUUGCCAGCUGCCUUCUCUUUGGCUGAACCAAUGAACAUUACAAGCCGCAGGCUCGAUUUUCGGGGGAUAGCAAAGUUCAACGUCACGAUCUUCGCAUAUUUCUGAAGGGCGAGGCGCCAAGUCUAUUGUUUUGAACCAAGGGUUAUAUUACAUCAAGAAACCCGGAGCCUAUCUUAAAGCUGUCAACAAUGUUCGUUUUAUUGAGCAAUCUUUCAUCUUCGACACUUAAUCCAGUUUAUCUUAAGUGGACACCCAACGUAGUUGCUACUCACGUGCACUGUCGAAAGCAUAAUAUCAAAUAGACUUCAAAAAUUCUGCAUUGGGGCUUCACUCUUCGUCUUUAAUUUUAGCCGACCCAUUGAAUAAACAAUAAAUAAAAACAAUCCUACCGAAAAAUAAUUACAACUGAGAACUUGAUGAAUAAACAAUGAAAACAACAACUCAAUAAUUUCUCAGGGAGAUUUGUUCUGUUUCAACAUAGACGGAGGAAAUUUUUACAUCGCUAUUAUAAAUCUGGCCUAAUUGUCACAUUUGAUCGAAGAGAGAUAUUUACGCAAAAAAAAAACUACCACAGUUCACAAAAGAGUUAGACAUUAUCUUAAUAUUUUACCUUAAACUGUCGAAAUUAACGUAUUGCCGCCCGCGGACAAAACUAGCUUUUUUCCGGUUUCCGGUGUACAUCAAACACAGGCAUCACGCUGAAUAUUAUCCAGACUGAGAGCCGUAAAUCAGAAAAAAAAUCACAAUUACUAAAUCUCACUCUUGAAACCAACACCACUUGUCGUAAGAUUGGGCGCAUCGCAUAAGAGCUAAAGGGAGAGGAGAGAAUAAUCUACUGAAUAAUCCAAACUAACACAGCGUAUGAAAACUGCAAUUGGCUAGCUAGUAAAACAUGGUCUAUUCAGGCUACGAGUUUUUUACCCUUGAAAAAAUCUCUCUUCACCUCUUAAACUUGGGCGCGCCGCCUGUAAGCUAAGAAGGAGAGAAGAGAAUAAUCUACUGAAUUACCAAACUAACACAGCGUAAGAAAACUGCAAUUGGCUAGCUAGUAAAACAUGGUCUAUUCAGGCUACGAGUUUUAUACCCUUGAAAAAAAUCUCUCUUCACCUCUUAAACUUGGGCGCGCCGCCUGUAAGCUAAGAGGGAGAGAAGAGAAAAAUUUACUGAAUUAUUCAAUUCAAACUAACACAGCGUACAAAAACUGCAAUUGGCUAGCUAGUAAAACAUGAUCGACUCAAGCUAAGAGUGUUUCAAUUUAAAUAAAUCUCUCUUCACCUCUUAAACUUGGGCGUGCCGCCUGGAAGCCAAGAGGGAGAGUAGAGAGUAACAAAACUAACACAGCGUAAGAAAACUGCAAUUGGCUAGCUAGUAAAACAUGGCCUAUUCAGGCUACGAGUUUUUUACCCUUGAAAAAAAUCUCUCUUCACCUCUUAAACUUGGGCGCGCCGCCUGUAAGCUAAGAGGGAGAGAAGAGAAAAAUUUACUGAAUUAUCCAAACUAACACAGCGUAUAAAAACUGCAAUUGGCUAGCAAGUAAAUCAUGAUGGACUCAAGCUACGAGUGUUUCAAUUUAAACAAGACGCUACGGAGCGUACACUUCGGCGUCGUGGUUGUGGAACGGAUUAAUUGUAAAUGAGGAGGAAUAGUAAGAAAUGAAAUAUGGCAACAGUAAGGUGUUAAUUUGUGAAAUUAUGGGAUUUGUCAGGAUAUUCUGAAAAGAACAACAUCCAAGAGGCCUACUUGCCAAAAACUAGCAUUUCGGGACAAAUUGUCUGUAAGAUAUUAGCCCAGUUAUGCUCUGAUGACUCCAUACAAAUCCUUCUAAAUUUGACUUGGGCCUAAACGUUUAGACCUAAGUCAAAUAUAAGGUUACUGGCGGUGAAUAACAAGUCUAACAAAACAAACAGUGAAAAAAAAAAUCUCUAUUUUUCUUAGUCACAUCAGGCUUCAAUCUCAUGUACUGAUUAAAGAUAUGUAAGGUAUGGGUAAGGAGUCAAUUACGUUGAGCAUGGAAUUGGCUGUUACGAGUUCGAAUGUUUUGAGGAUAAUUAUUCACUGACUAUCAGCACGCAGGAAUGUCGGAUUAACACAAGGAAGUUUAAUUCCAAAGGAACAUAGCCUUUUCAGAGCUUUAAAACACAGCAUCCGCCAACACAAACUUGACUUGAAGUUAAGUACAACUAAACAGCCUCUACCAAUAAUAACAAACUCUCACUUGAACUUCAGAUAUCUUACGGCUUCCGCGAACUUGUAAACACAGAACUUGAAAAUCGACCUUCGUCACACUUGACUAAACACAGCAGUCCAGCUCGUGGGAAAAAAACUUCUGCAAAAUUGUAGCAAGAACGUGCACAGAAAUUGGUUUAAGCUAAAAUGCACAAUACCUGGCCAGUUCAUAUACAUUUCGUUGAAUAAGAAAAGCUCCACCGUGUUAUGCCUUAUUCUUCAGUUCAACCAUUUGCGGCAGCAUGUAAAAUAAUUUUGAAAUUCUGGUCACCUUUCACUGAUGAUGUCAAAACUGGACCGUGACAUAUUUUCGAAAUUCUCAAAAUUUAGAAAUGCUUUCAUUUUCGGAGUCCUUUCAGAGCCGGGAAUAAAAGGCUGUUUAAACGAUUUUUGAUACCUUUUCCAAAUUAAAGUUCUUAAUGAGUUGAUGCAAAUUUCAAAACGCUUUUAUUUUAAGAUGCAUUACACUCCAACACGUUUAUGGCGACCCGUCCAAACUGCCUCGGUAGCCUGCCUAGCUGGCGGUAUUGUGUGGGUGCGAGAUUAAAGUUUUGGCGGCGGAGCCGCGUUCCAAAAAAAGGGAGUAGGGACGAGGCGGGUCAAAUCUCACUCGACUACUACACCAUACCGUUAGCUACGCAGGCUACUGCCUCGGCAGCAUUCGUUCAGAAUUUGGUUCAACAAAUGUUGAAAAAGAGUUGAAACCGUGUUGCUUUCUUUGUUUUCAGCCCGACUGUCUUGCGCUGCUGAGAUGCGUGCCUUGCCAGCUGCCUUCUCUUUGGCUGAACCAAUGAACAUUACAAGCCGCAGGCUCGAUUUUCGGGGGAUAGCAAAGUUCAACGUCACGAUCUUCGCAUAUUUCUGAAGGGCGAGGCGCCAAGUCUAUUGUUUUGAACCAAGGGUUAUAUUACAUCAAGAAACCCGGAGCCUAUCUUAAAGCUGUCAACAAUGUUCGUUUUAUUGAGCAAUCUUUCAUCUUCGACACUUAAUCCAGUUUAUCUUAAGUGGACACCCAACGUAGUUGCUACUCACGUGCACUGUCGAAAGCAUAAUAUCAAAUAGACUUCAAAAAUUCUGCAUUGGGGCUUCACUCUUCGUCUUUAAUUUUAGCCGACCCAUUGAAUAAACAAUAAAUAAAAACAAUCCUACCGAAAAAUAAUUACAACUGAGAACUUGAUGAAUAAACAAUGAAAACAACAACUCAAUAAUUUCUCAGGGAGAUUUGUUCUGUUUCAACAUAGACGGAGGAAAUUUUUACAUCGCUAGUAUAAAUCUGGCCUAAUUGUCACAUUUGAUCGAAGAGAGAGAUAUUUACGCAAAAAAAAACUACCACAGUUCACAAAAGAUUUAGACAUUAUCUUAAUAUUUUACCUUAAACUGUCGAAAUUAACGUAUUGCCGCCCGCGGACAAAACUAGCUUUUUUCCGGUUUCCGGUGUACAUCAAACACAGGCAUCACGCUGAAUAUUAUCCAGACUGAGAGCCGUAAAUCAGAAAAAAAUCACAAUUACUAAAUUUCACUCUUGAAACCAACACCACUUGUCGUAAGAUUGGGCGCAUCGCAUAAGAGCUAAAGGGAGAGGAGAGAAUAAUCUACUGAAUAAUCCAAACUAACACAGCGUAUGAAAACUGCAAUUGGCUAGCUAGUAAAACAUGGUCUAUUCAGGCUACGAGUUUUUUACCCUUGAAAAAAUCUCUCUUCACCUCUUAAACUUGGGCGCGCCGCCUGUAAGCUAAGAAGGAGAGAAGAGAAUAAUCUACUGAAUUACCAAACUAACACAGCGUAAGAAAACUGCAAUUGGCUAGCUAGUAAAACAUGGUCUAUUCAGGCUACGAGUUUUAUACCCUUGAAAAAAAUCUCUCUUCACCUCUUAAACUUGGGCGCGCCGCCUGUAAGCUAAGAGGGAGAGAAGAGAAAAAUUUACUGAAUUAUUCAAUUCAAACUAACACAGCGUACAAAAACUGCAAUUGGCUAGCUAGUAAAACAUGAUCGACUCAAGCUAAGAGUGUUUCAAUUUAAAUAAAUCUCUCUUCACCUCUUAAACUUGGGCGUGCCGCCUGGAAGCCAAGAGGGAGAGUAGAGAGUAACAAAACUAACACAGCGUAAGAAAACUGCAAUUGGCUAGCUAGUAAAACAUGGCCUAUUCAGGCUACGAGUUUUUUACCCUUGAAAAAAAUCUCUCUUCACCUCUUAAACUUGGGCGCGCCGCCUGUAAGCUAAGAGGGAGAGAAGAGAAAAAUUUACUGAAUUAUCCAAACUAACACAGCGUAUAAAAACUGCAAUUGGCUAGCAAGUAAAUCAUGAUGGACUCAAGCUACGAGUGUUUCAAUUUAAACAAGACGCUACGGAGCGUACACUUCGGCGUCGUGGUUGUGGAACGGAUUAAUUGUAAAUGAGGAGGAAUAGUAAGAAAUGAAAUAUGGCAACAGUAAGGUGUUAAUUUGUGAAAUUAUGGGAUUUGUCAGGAUAUUCUGAAAAGAACAACAUCCAAGAGGCCUACUUGCCAAAAACUAGCAUUUCGGGACAAAUUGUCUGUAAGAUAUUAGCCCAGUUAUGCUCUGAUGACUCCAUACAAAUCCUUCUAAAUUUGACUUGGGCCUAAACGUUUAGACCUAAGUCAAAUAUAAGGUUACUGGCGGUGAAUAACAAGUCUAACAAAACAAACAGUGAAAAAAAAAAUCUCUAUUUUUCUUAGUCACAUCAGGCUUCAAUCUCAUGUACUGAUUAAAGAUAUGUAAGGUAUGGGUAAGGAGUCAAUUACGUUGAGCAUGGAAUUGGCUGUUACGAGUUCGAAUGUUUUGAGGAUAAUUAUUCACUGACUAUCAGCACGCAGGAAUGUCGGAUUAACACAAGGAAGUUUAAUUCCAAAGGAACAUAGCCUUUUCAGAGCUUUAAAACACAGCAUCCGCCAACACAAACUUGACUUGAAGUUAAGUACAACUAAACAGCCUCUACCAAUAAUAACAAACUCUCACUUGAACUUCAGAUAUCUUACGGCUUCCGCGAACUUGUAAACACAGAACUUGAAAAUCGACCUUCGUCACACUUGACUAAACACAGCAGUCCAGCUCGUGGGAAAAAAAACUUAGUUCGUCAAAAGACCUCGCUUGGAACUUGUAUACCGUUUGACAUAAGGUUCUAGAAAAUACUAAGCGGGCGAAUAGUAGUAGCUUUUCGACAUAUUUUAUGAUUUCAGUAACUGAUGCAAAUCUGCUGACUCAUGCUGAAAUGUAAACAUGCCCUAAUUAAUUAUUCAUGAAUAAUGCAAAAAAGUAGAACGUUCGAGAAAGUCACGCAACGCAUGAAAGCAAUUUUACUACGUAACACUCAACAAAGGCAAAAUGUCUUUGUGCAGCAUUUUGUAACUUUAGUUUCAUCAUAAAGCAGUUCGAAAGGAGGGCUCACUCAUGAAAUGAUUUUCAACACUCGAAGAGAAAUUUAAUGUCUCUGCGCGGCCACGUAAUAUUCUCUAUUUCUUCCUCGAGUAAAUUAAAGACUAAACUCGAAGUGAUCUCAAGAUAUCACAAAGUAGUCCGGUUUCAUUUCGUGAAAUAGCCGAAAGAAGCCGAAAAGUCGCGAACUUGCACGCCCAAUCUUGUCCCGAAACUAGUGCAUAAUUUCAUAACUAUUUUUCAUGUGCCGAACUACCUUGGGUCGCAGUAGCGCAAUCGGCUAAUCCCUCAACUUAGAGUCUCCUCUGACUUGAGGGAUCACGCAGGUGAGUCGGUUCAAACCCCGGGGAAGCCAAAAUACUAAUUCUUUCUUCCUCGAAAAAGUUAAAGAAUAAAUUAAAGAAAUCGAAGUGAUCUCGAGAUAUCUCGAACUAAUUCGGCGCUCACUUCGUCAAAAAGCCGAAUAAAACCGAAAACCUACAGACUUUACAUGCCCAAUCUUGUCAAAAAAUGCUAACUUUCAUACAUUCCUGAGCGUCGCGAAUCCUUUACUUCGCGCUCCGCCGAAGCAAUAAAUCUCUCUUCACCUCUUAAACUUGGGCGUGCCGCCUGGAAGCUAAGUUAACUGCAAGGGAGAGGAGAGAGUAACAAAACUAACACAGCGUAAGAAAACUGCAAUUGGCUAGCUAGUAAAACAUGGUCUAUUCAGGCUACGAGUUUUUUACCCUUGAAAAAAAAUCUCUCUUAACCUCUUAAACUUGGGCGCACCGCCUGUUAGCUAAGUGGAGAGGAGAGAAAAAUUUACUGAAUUAUCCAAACUAACAACGCAUGAAAACUGCAACUGGCUAGCUAGCUAAAACAUGACAAUUCAAUCUACGAGUUUUUUACCUUAAAAAAUCUCUCUUCACCUCUUAAACUUGGGCGUGCCGUCUGUAAGCCAAGAGGGAGAGGAGAGAAAAAUUUACUGAAUUAUCCAAACUAACAUAGCGCAUGAAAACUGCAAUUGGCUAGAUAGUAAACCAUGAUCGAUUCAAGCUACGAGUUUUUUACCCUUGAAAAAAAUCUCUCUUCACCUCUUAAACUUGGGCGCGCCGCCUGUAAGCUAAGAGGGAGAGGAGAGAAUAAUCUACUGAAUUACCAAACUAACACAGUGUAUAAAAACUGCAAUUGGCUAGCUAGUAAAACUUGGUCUUUUCAGGCUACGAGUUUUUUACCGUUUGAAAAAAAUCUCUCUUCACCUCUUAAACUUGGGCUAGAGGGAGAGGAGAGAAAAAUUUACUGAAUUAUCCAAACUAACACAGCGUACAAAAACUGUAAUUGGCUAGCUAGUAAAACAUGAUCGACUCAAGCUAAGAGUGUUUCAAUUUAAAUAAAUCUCUCUUCACCUCUUAAACUUGGGCGUGCCGCCUGUAAGCCAAGAGGGAGCGGAGAGAAUAAUCUACUGAAUCAUCCAAACUAACACAGAAUAUGAAAACUGCGAUUGGCUAGCUAAAACACGAUCGAUUUAAGGAUCCGAGUUCUUUUUACUUAAAAAAUCUCUCUUCACAAAAUGCGUUCCUAUAAUCCAUUCCUGGAAAUUUGGAUCUGUAAAUCACUUUCGGUGGAAAUUAAACAUCGUGCAGAAAAUACUAAACGAGAUGGGCCCAGCGUGACAAAUUAAAAUUGAAGGAAACCAUCACAUUCACGGACAAAAGAAUAUCGCCUUUAGUUAUUCAGAUCCAGGAGGCACUUUGGGGAAGAAUAAACAACCUAAAACUCUUAUUUAGCCGCAAAGGAACAGAUUGACGUUUCAAAAGAGGUCGAAGAAAGUGCUCUUGCUUUAGGGGGCAAAUCAUGCCGACCAGAAACAAUAACUGCAGAAAAUCAAUAUGCGUGUCAUGACCUCUCAGUAUGAAACAAGCGGCAAAAUUCACAUUUACUCAUUCAAAGACUGUAUACCUGCCAACUCUCACGCCUGCGGGUUGAAAACUUCGAUCUCACGCCCGCUCACGCUUGCGGGCCAAUUUCUCACGCUUGAUUGAAAAAUGUGAGUUGUCGCCGUCGUGCUUGACACAAUUUCCAAAAACAUGUUAACUCAGACCAAUGUAAGGAACGAAAGCCUUGUGUAAAAUGAAUAAAUGACAAUACCUUCCUCGCGAUCUCUGAUUUUUGAAGUGAAAAGCACUGGGAGCGAGCUCGCGUUUAUACGCGUCCUAAGACUGGGACUGGGAUAACUUCGAUAACUUCGCCUUCGGCAGACUUCGGACGUCUUCGGAAGACUUCAGACUUCUUCGGGAAUCUUCGGAAAUGAUCGUGUCGUCUUCAAAAAUCCCAGAACUCUUCACGUUGAACUUUUGAAACCAUUUCGGCGACAAUGUGUAACUUACCAGGUAACGUACCGAAUAAUUAUUACUUUGGGGGGUUCGAAUUCGACCUUCAUAAAGCGCUAGAUUUUGCCUUUCGCUUAAGAAACGAAAAAAAUAUUUCUUUUUUUCCAAGACUUGCAACAAGACCCUUUUUUAACACCAACCAUGAAUUCAAGUAUUUUCAUUAAGCGAUUUUGACGAGAACCAUAGCUGAGCAAGAGAGAAUGAUCUAAGAGAGCGAAUCCCCCAUACAUGACCCUCUUUCCAUGAAAAUUAUUUUCAAUCUAUUCUUGGUUCUGUGUCAUACUGCGUGGUUAUUUUAAGGACGCCACCUUAUUGGUCGGUUAGAGUGGCGUUAUGUAAUUUUAAACUUGGUUGGUAAAUCAUUUCACCACCGAUCACGCACACCAAGCGAUAGGGCGUGCAAACUUGGCAUUACUUUCGACGACGAAUCAAAAGAUUUCUACGGGGAAUAAUCUGGCCAGAGUAGCUGCUGAAGAGCAAAAACGGUCCUGGCUUCUGGGAGUUCGCCAGAGAAAGCGGUUCCAACUCGACCAAAACUGCUCAUUGGGGUCUUCGCUACAUCAGUAUAUAAACAACCAACAACCUAUUGUAUCAAAACGACAACUGUCUCUUCCGGCGACAUCCACGCACAUCGGCGAGCCGUGAUACCGUCGUUUGGACCCAACCGUGGACACGUAACGAGAAGAUAGGCUCAAGGUGGGUUCAAACACGACUGUUUGGCCGCCAAACAUUUAAAUUUUGAGAGGGCGCUAUACAAAUGUGGGCAACACCGCGGCAAAACGCACUGCGCAUGAGCACAAAAUUUGAUAUCCGGUCAGCUUUUUAUUUCCGGUCUAGUAUAUAAAUCAAUUGCGCAAGCAUAACUUUGCCGUCGCGCCAAGCUUAAAAGCAAAAAGGGAGAAACAGACAAAAAAGGGGGCGAAAAAAAUCACUUCAUUCGAUAGCUGAUAUAUUUUUCCAGUGUCAAACUUUUGCACCACAUGGUUAUCUGGUUGCACCAACGCUGAAAAUGAUGUUUGAAGUUCGUAGGUCGCUAGCGCUCGACAAGACGCGCGAAUUUGUUUUUACUGGCUUUGUUGCACGCUACUGGUUUGGCAUAGGUUAAUAUAAUCUGAGAGAAGACGACAACUAAGAAAAGAAUCUAUAGCAAUACUUAUGAAAGAAACCAAAAUAAAGACGACAUUAUUAUCAGUAACACCAGAACCAAGAAAUAAAAGUUUAGUCUGUUCAAUAAUUAUUUUAUUAUCAGAGAAAACAAGAACUCAAAACAAAAGAUAGGCGGGAUUUAAUGACAGCCUCGACUUUCAACAUGAGGAGCCGCGUAAAGUCCCUUUACUAAUUAUCUUGAGUGACCGUUGCUAUGCUCAAUUUCCUUUUAGAGUUUUACCUCCGAUCUCGUGCAUGUUAGCAGGGGUCAGAUUAGCUGUCAUCGGUAGUGAUCUUCACAGAGGCGAUGAAACAAUUCUACAUUUCGCAACUGUCUGUUAAUAUGGUUAAAACAAUACUAGGCGGAGUAAAUACAUGUAAAUAAAGUCGAGCGCGGUCUUUUCAACUAUUCUCCGGAUCGGAUCAGCCCGAUCAAGCCAUCAUUGUAUGGAGUAUACGUGGGUUACUUUUUGCCGUUUCCUGGUCGAGAAUUUCUGUGUUGAUUCGCGAUCAAAAUCGUUUCCCUUAGAAGCGAUUGGUAUUUGGAAGAACAUUUAAACAGAUCGGACAGGUUAGGAGAAUUCAAGCUUGUCUUCUGAAAACCGGAGAUGGCCAGCCUUCCUUCUUCAAAUUGGUUCAAAUGCGAGGCCAUAUCAGCCUUAGAUCAGUAGGUUUAUCCUGCGACACAUUAAUUCUGGUUUGUAUAAUGACUUGAUUAAUCGUAAGACUCCUUGAAGGUAAGCACAGUGUUCGAUUUUUUUCCUUUAAUUUAUUUAUUUCUGCUUCGAACAAUACCGCGCCAAACCUCCUAAAUGCCCGCCAAAUUUAAUGUGGCGCUGCCGAUCGUAAAGCUCGUGUUUAGGAAGAAACAGGAACAGCACAACUUCCACUGGAGGCAAUUUUGUGUUACAAAGAGUAGCCUAAGAAAGAAGUCGAAAAGCUCUAUUAAUUUCGUGCGACAUUUUCUUGAUAAACAAACGAACGUGUUGAAAAUUAUAGACGUCCGUGUUUUAUAACACACAUACACACGUAGCUACCUACCUAAGGUACUUCACAGACAGGGGGUUGAGUGUUAAGUUUGCUCGUUAUUUGUAAGUCCCUAAAUCUAAGUAGCUUUCUUUUUCUUUUAAAAAUUUUUACGGAGGAAUCGAAAUGAGUUUUGGUUGAUUGGUUGUGUCCAUCGCGGUUCACCCCUAUUUGUUUUUUUUAAUAAAAUACGACUGCUCAAACGGUCUCUAUUAUUUUUCACGAGCAGAGAGCUUUGAUAUAAUUCACCGAAAACAAAUUGAUGAACAUUGUUCAGGGUAUUCUGUACGUGCUUUUAUGUUGGGUGUGUCGCCUGAUUAAAAGCGAGCGAUCGGGUGAGUCGCCUUCGCUUAGUGCAAGAAGACUUUGUAAAACGUGUUUACUAAAUGAAUCUUUCUGUAAAAAAAAAAUCCGAGACCUUAGGAAAGUUUAUAAGGCAAAAUAGUCUUGGAAAACGGUUUGCCAAAUAUAUUUUCUUUUGUUUGGGACUUGCUAAGAUUGUAGUGAGUCAACUAGACGCUUAGAAUUCGUAAUUGAACUUAUUCUUUGGGUGAUUCAAAACAAAGCUAAACAACGACCAAAGUUCCGUCUGCACGUGCUCUUCUGGGUGAGUCGCCUGAAAAAGCAAGCGAUCGGGUGUGUCGCCUUCGCUUAGUUCAAGGGAACUUUGUUGGUUAUGACUCGUGAAAAAUAAUAAAGACCGUUCGCGCAAUGGUAUUUUAUCAAAAAACAAAUAGGGGGGAACCGCGAUGGACGCAACCAAUCAACCAAAAUUCAUUUCGAUUCCCCCGUAAAAAUUUUUUAAAAGAAAAAGAAAGCUACUUAGAUUUAGAAAUAUAAAUUUCGGGGAAGCAGAAUUAAAAGCGGGACUAUUCCCUUUUUUGAGAAAAGGCCGGUGAAGUCUCCCAAUGUAUUUAAAUUCUGUUCCCCAGAAAAAGCUACUGUAAAAACUUUUUGAAUUUAUAGUUAAUGUAAAUUAUAUUAAAUUUAAAUCGCUGCACUUCGUUCAUCUUCGGUAAAUAAAUGCAUUUUGAUUCUGAGGUAUCCCCCUGUUUGUUGCAAAACUCCUCUACAUCGCCACAAGUUUUCCAACUGGUGCACUGUUUUGGAGCGAUUUUCAUUCUGUCAGGUUCUUUUUUUUAGUUGUGUUCGUCUCAUCAGCUUUUUAGUAGUGUCUGCUAAAAUGAGCGGUUGAAAGAUAUGUCGGAUAAAGCUUCACAGGAGGCCACGAAAGGAGAUUCGCAUUUCUGCUCAAGUAUGGUUUCAAGCUGUCAACGAUCUAUGCUUGGCUGAAUUUAAACAAUGGCCUUCUGGUCAGAUGGGGGAAAAAUUUUCCCCCAUAUUUCGGUCGCUAAGGCUUGCGGCUCGCCAUGUGACAGCAGUCACGAAUACCCGCAGCUUUCGGUGCCAGGAAACUAAACAUGCCUUAAAACGUACUUUCAGUCAAGAAAAUGCCUAUUUAAUUCUUUUACAUGGUUGUUCUUUGGUUGAAGACUUCAAUAAUUUUAGACUAUGCGGCUUCGCUACAUCUCCUUUCAGCUGUGAAAAUUUCGACUUCUAAAAGCCAUCGAACCAGCUUUCGCUCUCUGAUUCUGAGAAUGAAAAAAAUAAAUAAAUAGAGUUGUCAACUUGCUGCCAACCUCAACAGUAUAAUUAAGCUUAUGUUUCAUGGCAAUCAACUCAGAAGAGCUUCAUUCCAAAACACGGUAAAACCCCCCGGUAAAUAAAACUCCAAAGCAAUUGUGUGUUGUCGUUUUCCAAACAAAAUUCGGAGCGGUUUUAAGACAUUAAGACUGAGAAAUUGAAGAACCGAAGACUAAAACUACAAUACACAAGCUUGCAAUGAGAACUUUUUAUGUCUUAGUUUCGGCCAGGUUAAGUGAAAAAUGGCAGUCAAGAACUUUGUUUUCGUGAAAGAAAAUCUGUUUACCUGACGCUCAAAUUAGCCAAAAUUACACAAGUUAUUAUCAACUUACCUUUUCUGAAUCUAAUCGACUAAUUGUUUCAGUGAUCUGUGCCUGGUUAUCAAUAAAAGCAAUUUCAAUAACUACAAAAUAGUCAAAAGCACGAGGAGCAUGAAGGAGAACAACUGAACAACAAGCGGCACACAGAAUGAAGCCGAGCGCGCGCGGUAGACUUUGAUCUGACUGGAAAGUGUGACUGAAAAAGUGACCGGAAAUGCUCAACCUGGCGCAUGCGUAGACGUUUUGCCGCGGUGUUAAUGUGGGCACACUGCUCACUAUAAAGAAUUGACCGAAACCGGAAACCGAGCAUCAAAAGUCUCUGGCAUCCAGGUUAGCGACUGUUUAACAGCUUGAAGCAUCUGACCAGAUUUGUGUUCGCACAGCGAAAUAUUCAUCGCAAAUAUUAGAUGUUAAGAAGAAGUAAUGCAGUUUGAAACUCUCAAAAAUAAUUCUUGAAAGCAAAUGUACUGUUUCUGAAAGAAAAAUAUUCCUGGAAAAAGAGAAAAAAUAUCUUGUACAUUUGCAUAAACAAUUAAAGCCAGCCACUUAUUAAAGGUUUCGUGUUUCGCGCGUGAUAACCUUUGCCUUUGGCUUUCACAGUGUGUCAGAAUUCAAUAUUCGUUACUUUAAAUGAGGCUACCAGCCGUUAGAAAAUCUCAAUCUUUAAUCUCAAGGUGAAAUUUUGACUCCAAUAGUGCAAUCCCUUUGUAAAUGAAAUUCAUUCCUUAAUUAUGAGCGGAACGCGCUGAUCAAAAACAUGUCAACAAUAGGAGCCGAUUAGUAUCGGCUCGUGGCGCUAAUUACUGUAAUGGCUGUCAAACUUCAAAUGUUUGGCGGCGAAACAUGUCACGUUCACGUGAAAGUAGACCACGCGGGUCACGGAAACAACAGACCGUUGAAAAUAACCUUCUCAGCACGCGCGCGAACUUUAAAUAGAUUUAAAAAAAUUAUCAUGGGGCACAGGGAUUCGCUCUCUUAGCUCAUUCUCUCUUGAGCUGAGUUAAAAUAUCUCGCUCCGAUGGUAUAAAUUCGGCGCGCAGAAGACAAGCUCUAAUAUUUGACGCAAAUUUGUAUCCUGUCCUAAAAUGAGUUUAUUGACAGAUGAACUGACAGAAAUCGAUUAAUGUGCAUACCUGAGGUGCGCUAGGAAAUGUGUCAAGACUAACGCCUUGUAGUUACUUGAGUCCAGUUUGUGAGUAUCUCCAUGGAAAUUAAGGAUCCCUGGUGCGUGGACGAAAAUCGACCUUGCGGCUAGCUCGUAAUGGAUCCUGGUAAUCAAAUGCCAACAGCCUCUUACACAUUUGGGAAGGAUGCAAACUCGUACAGUGAUUGGGAUUGGUAA